GCAGACCGCUGUUAGCUUCGUCCCACGUUAGGAUGAGGGGCACAUCGUCGUCAGACUCCAUGUCGCCAGCUAAGCGGGCUGUCAGCGGCCCCGAUGGGAUCAAGUUCAGCCGCACUUGCUCCAGGCGGUCGUCCGUCUACACAUGUCUGCAGAGGAGACAACACUGUUGAUGAGACCCAAAUCAGAAGAUGCUCUAAACCCUCAUGAAGGGUCUCAGCAGAAGCUUUUCUCUGUUGAGGUGAGACGCAUCUCAAACAUACUGGAAAACUGCAUCCGUCAAGUUGAGAUUGCAGCAUCUCUGUCUGCUAUCUCCCAUAUAAACACAUCCAAUGUAAUGGACAAGCGGCUGAGCAAGGCACUUCAAGAGCAUCAAAGUUUACACAAGAGGCUGGAGGGACUUCAUGUGAAGCAGGAGUCAGGGGGGGAACAAGAGGAAGAUGACGAAACGGCUAAGAGAGCGAGUCAUCAGAUUGAGAGGAACAUCAAAAACAACGUCAGGGAUAUACUCAGACUUCUCCGCUCCCGUUCAGACGCCAUGUCUGGUUUGAGGGAAGUGCUAGAAAUAGAAUUAGGAGAGAACGAGCGCAAACUAAUUGCAGGACUUAAGGUGUUUAACAGGCAGAUGGUGGAGAGGUUGCUGCGGAGUCCAGAUGAGGAGCUGCAGCUGGACCUCUACAAGCAGGCGUCUCCAUCCCCUGCCCUCAGCCUGGAGGGGCUGGUUUCAAAGGAGGAAAAAGUGGGGGCGGCCAUGAAACAAGCAGAUUCACUGAUUCAAGAGAUAGAAACCGAGAUAAAGCAUUUGAAGGGUUCUCUGCGAGACAACGACCCACAAGGAGCAGACGUGUCGCGUCUCACAGACAAGCAGGGCUCCCCGCGUGUCAGCAUGUCAAAGAAACAGGCGGGACUGCAACAGGAGAUCCAUCAAGUCAAAAUCCAGCUCAGCGCUUUGGCCCUGGAAAACAGGCAGACUGAGCGAGUACUGCAGGAGAGAAAUCUAAAGGUGGAGAACGAAAUUGAAUACUUGCUCCAAGAUUUUGACGAGAAGAUGGAAAAAAAACAGGCCAACCUGGAGCUCAACGAAAUAGAGAAAGAAAGGGAUGAGGAGGAGCUGAGGAGGCUGGAGGUGCCCUUUACUGAACUCAAGGCAGAGUACGACCAGGUCCAGGAGAAGCGUCGGCUGUUGGAGGAGAAGAGGAAGGAUGAGUUGAAGACGCUGGAGCUUAAGACCAAAGCUGCCAUUUUCGCCCAAGCCUGGUGGAGAGGCUACAGCGUCCGCAAGGCCUUGAGGAACAAAGGCAAAAGCAAGAAGUCCAAAAAGGGCAAAGCCAAGAAGAAAUAAACCAAUUAAACCUAUUUUAUCACUUACAUUUUAAUACGAGCAGGCCCAGGAUGAAUUGAGUGAGUGAGUGUUGUGUUGACCACAGGGAGGCAGUACGGGCCUUGUGUUCUGACUGACCUCAUAUAUGGGUUAGAACGUGUAUAAAGCAGCGAGUAUUACUGUAAAACGGGCUCAGAUUACAUUUAAAAUCAUAACUACCACCGUUAGGAUAAGUUCAUAAUUUAUAAUCAGACACCAUAUUUAGGAAACAUCAGAAGGAUCUUUGCAUAGACAGUAUUUUUUGCAGUUUGAUGUGUUUUUGGUUACGCAGGUGUCCAAAUCUGAAACAUGUUCUGACUAAAUAAUCUGAUUUAACAAAUAAAAGGUAUUAUAAUAUAUAGUAUAAACUGUAUUAAUUAAAAGGCACUAAUUGGC